CCGGCGGAGAGUCUCCGAGAGAGAGUGACACUUUUGGCCGAUUGUUAAUCUCGAUCUCGAGGAGGGACCAUGUUGUGCGGAGGCUCACGUGCCUUGCAGCAUUUUUCUGAUUACCAUCACCAUCAUACAUCAAUCGGAUUAGGAUUAGGUUUUUGCGGAGCUAAGAUCGUGCUGCUCUCUUCAUUCUUCCUUAGGCCUUCUUCUCAAGCUAAGGCGAGAAGUCAGCUCAGCCAUAAAUUGCGUCGCCGGAUAGUUUCUUCCUCUGGAUUUCACUACAAGACUUCCGGCGAAACGCCUAUACUUCACAACUGCUUCAGCCAGCGAAAAGAUGAUCCUGAGCUUUCAGCUGAUGGGUCAACUCCUGUUUCAGGAGGUAUUGUUGCUCUAGGGAAGUUUGAUGCUCUACAUGUUGGCCAUCGAGAGCUUGCUAUUCAAGCUUCCAGAGUCGGAACUCCUUAUCUAUUAUCCUUUGUUGGAAUGGCUGAGGUAUUCGGUUGGGAGCCUAGGGCUCCAAUAGUGGCUAAAUGUGAUCGAAAACGGGUGCUUACCUCUUGGGACUCAUAUUGUGGUAACAAAGCACCAGUAGAGUACGAGAUUGAAUUUGCCAGCGUGCGACAUCUUACUCCACGAGAAUUUGUUGAGAAGCUAUCAAAAGAGCUCAGAGUCUGCGGAGUUGUGGCAGGCGAAAAUUACAGAUUUGGAUAUAAAGCUUCAGGUGAUGCCUCUGAGCUAGUGAGAUUGUGCGAGGAGUAUGGUAUCGGCGCUUACAUCAUAACCUCUGUGAUGGACAAGAAGCAAGACUCAAAAAAGAGAGACUCAGGGGACUCCAAAGACAGAGGGCAAGUCUCUUCUACACGUGUACGACAAGCUCUUGCAGCAGGAGAUAUGAGUUAUGUAUCAGAGCUUCUUGGCAGAGCACAUCGGCUUAUCUUACAAGCCAACAUCCGAGAUAUGCAGAGUGAAAGAAGGAUCUCAGUGCCGAGAUCAUCAAUACUUAAUCUACCUCCUGGAAAUGGGGUUUACAAGGCGUGUUUGGUUCUAGUUGGUGAUGAUGAGACUUCAGUUCCGUGUAAUGUAGUUGUUGAUACAUCAUGUAUUCAUGUAGAAACAGAGGAGCUACGACUCUGUAAUUCAGAUUUGUCUCAAGAGUUGAAACUCUUGAGUGUUGAGUUUGGUUGAUUCAAUCUUUGAUUAGUUCCUAUCAAUUCAUUGUUCUUUAACAUUGAUUAAGAUUUGCAAAGAUAAAUGAAUUCACUUAAACAUAUUACAAGAAAUUGAGUUUGUACAGUAUUGUCUGUGUUUCUAAGACUAUUCUCUGAUCAAUCAGGUAAAGAAGAAAGAGUUGUUUCUUCUAAGAAACAGUGGCUUUAGCUAAUGUUCUUCAGUCUCUUCAUAGCUCAGGGAAAGAGCUUUCUCAAGACAUCUGAAAGCUCUCUUGUAGCUUAAGAACCCCAUGAACCAGAAGUCGAAACCAUCGACAGUGACUACUUCCAGGUACUUCUGUGACGGUUUCUUCAUGUUCUGACUUUGGUUCACUGUCUGAAUCUUGCACAAAGGAACUGACACUUUGUAGUGAACCCUGAUCAUGUCUCCUUGAGGGGAAGCCACCUUUAUGGAUCUCUCGCUGCAGAAGGCCAUUUUCUUGGAAGAAAUGAAGAGAAGGCCUGCUAUGGGACCCGCUGUAGUAGACAAGUAACACUGGUAGGCUUUGAAGAGUUUCUCAUCUUCAUUGACUCUGAAGAGCCGCUUAUAGAUCUUCUCUAAGCCUCCUACUUGAAGAAUCUUUGCCCCCAAAGAGAGCUUUCUCUUCACUGUUUCGGUUAGCCUUGGUCUUAACUUGCUCUGGUCUCUAUCUCCAUUGGUGAAACCACUGGUUUUCUUCCUCUUAAGAACUGAUUUUGUGUUGUUACUCGAAGUCGGAAAAGUAAUGAGUUGUUGCUCAGCUCUGAUCAUGAUCAUCUUUAGAGGAUUGAGUAAUCUUGAUCUUGAUGAUGUUGAUGUUGUGAAAUGAAGAUGAUUUGAUGAAAUGGUUUGGUUGAGGCUUAAGGUAUUUAUAGGGCAAUGAAAAGAUAAGAUAGUGAAAAUCUUAAAACCUUUUCUGAGCACAAGAUGAGUCAUAAUGUGUCAUCAAGACAA